GCACUCUCUCCAAAGUUACAUUCAUCCUCCUUUUGGUCACAAUAAUUAAUGAGUGUUUAUGUUGUGGAAGAAUAGCAUUCGGUCAGGUAUAUUAUUGUUCCAUAUGUAGGGUUUUUAUGCAUCUAAUAUGUGCGAUGAAGUCGAUACCUAUGGUUAUAGACAAACCAAAAAGGCAUGAUCAUCCUCUCACUUUUUUCCCUAGACAAAAUUCUUUAAUCUGCAACGUUUGUGGUUUGUUAAGAAAACUUUAUUCCACAUACAUAUGUGCCAUAUGCAACUUUGUAGCCCAUAAAGAUUGUAUGUAUUCUCCACGCAUAAUCAAGAUAUCACGUCACCCCCAUCGUCUCUCCUACAUUUCGUCUCUACAAUCUGGAGAUUGGUCUUGUAUGGUAUGUCAUCAAAGGAUUGACGGUGAUUAUGGUGCAUAUAGUUGUGAUAUGUGUGGUGAUUAUGGUGUACAUUCAAGAUGUGCUCUAGGAAAAGAUGUAUGGGAUGGUGAAGAUCUCGAAAGUGUACCUGAAGAAGAUAAUAAAUCACAAGAUGUCGGGCCGUUUGAUAUGAUAUCUGAAGGAGUAAUACUUCAUUUUCUUCAUGAACAUCAUCUCCGGCUCGAAGUCAGCAUACUUUAUGAUGAAAACAAGUUUUGUCAAGCGUGUUUUCUUCCUAUCUUUGAUGGUAAUUUCUACUCAGUGAUUUCAUCCUCCAUGAAACAUGCGCAAAUUCUCGCCGUAUAAUACAACAUGCAUUACAUCCUCAUCAGCUUACAUUGGACCAUGUGUAGAAUGAUUUGUGUAGAUUCAUGUGCAAUGCUUGUGAACGUUUUGUGGUGGUUUUAUCUAUGGAUGUCACAUAGGGGACUGCAAAUUCUAUCUCGAUGUACGAUGUGCUUCCAUUUAUGAGCCAUUUAAUUAUAAAUAUCAUGAACAUCCCAUGUUCAUCGCUUCAGAUCCAAAAGAAGAAUUACUUUGCCAGGUAUGCAAAACUAGAUGUCAUAAACAAUUAAAUUGCAGAAAAUGUGAUUUUAUUAUAUGCAUCAAGUGUGCUACCUUGCCACAAAAAGUAAGGUAUAAACAUGACAAACAUUUUCUCAAAGUUUUAUUUGGAGAAGAAAUAUGUAAGAGAGACUGGUGCGAGUUAUGUGAACUUAAUUUAAAAGAUACACACACAAAAUAUUUCUAUUGGUGCGACGAGUGUGGCACCACAUUUCAUAUUGAAUGCUUACUUGGUGGAGACAUACUAUAUGUGAAGCCUGGUCAAACUUUAAAGUUUGUUGAGACGGAUGCUCAAAUUCUUGGUAAAAGUAAUACUUCUCGACCAUUAUGCAUGAACUGGUAUUGCAAGAACCCUUGUCAAGGCAAAAUAUUGAAGUGUUUCAACGAUAUAGUGUGUUCAGUUAAAUGUGGGAAUAAAUUCUUUUAUUGAGUCUAUUGUGUUUAUCUAUUCCUCUAUUUAAGUGUAAUUUUAGUUUUUAUAAUUAAGUUUGAUUUGUUAAACUUUGACAUUGAUAUGUAAAUUUUCAUGUUUGUUUCUUUGAUGGUAUAUUUACUUUGUCGAUUCUUACUUUCUAAUCAUUUCAUCAUCCUUUAAUCGAAUUACAUUCCGUCUCUUUCUACAGUCUUGAGUUUUCAUUCACAAAAUCUUUGGCUAGCCGU